AUAUUGUGUACAGUAUUACAGUAUAAAUAAUGGGGGGAGAGGCUUUCUUUUUCUCAAUUACUUGGACCUCUUUGGAUCAAGAAGAAGCUAGAGGAAACCAAAGAAAGCCAGAUAAUAAGCUAAAGUUAGAUCUGACUCAAGCUGCUGAUAGCUCCUAGUCAAUUAAACUGCAGAAAGCUCAAACUACUCUAAGCAUUUUCAAUAAAUCUUCUUAUCCAUUGGAAAUUAUGGAUCGAGAUUGGUCAAAUUUGCCUAAGAACCUUUUGGAUUCAGUGGUUGAGAGAUUGAUGGUAACAACAGACUAUAUGCGAUUCAGCCUUGUUUGUAUGUCAUGGUAUUCUGUGGCAAAGGAUAAUAAAAGCAAACUUGCCAUGAUGGCUCCUCCUCCGAUGCUCUUGAUUUAUACUGGGGAAGAAGAUUUAUGGAAAUUAUAUAACGCAAUGGACAACAAGAUCCUUGAUUUGCAAUUGCGAGUGCCAAAUAAGCGGUUAUGUGGAUCUUCAAAAGGGUGGUUAAUAUUUGCAGAUUGGAAUGUUGUGGAUAAGAAUCUCGGAGUAACUCUAGUAAAUCCAUUCUUUAGGGUGAAAGGGAGGAGAGAAAAAGAAAAUUCGGUCAUUCGCCUUCCUCCACUAACACCUCCAGGUUGGAGAAAGUGGGUCAGAGUUCGUCGAAAAAAUAGGGACGAUUGGGUUGAACGUUGUCAAUAUUAUGUACACAAGGCUACACUUUCAGCUGACCCUGCAUCAGAUGCAAACGAUUGCAUUGUAGUAGUCAUAUACGAGGAAAGACUUCGGUUGGCUUUUAUUAGACUUGGUAAAGACAAAACAUGGACUUAUAUAGAUGAAAGAGUGGGCACAAGUGUUAGUAGUAUAGUUAUUAAUGGCUGCCGUGGAAUUGAAGAAGUUGCUCGAGUUGAAGAUAAGUUCUAUGGCGUUAAUUAUGGGAGCGAACUUUAUUCUUUUAAAGUGACUCCUCAGUCUAGCUCAGAUGUGAAAUUGGCUGCUUGCGGUGUUGAACAAAAGGUCUUCGUCAAGAGAUAUCUUGUGGAAGCAAAAGAAAGAGUAAUUUUGAUGGUUCAGAGGUACAUUAAAUUUGAUUAUGAAGUUGGCAAACGUGUGACAAGAAAAUUUAGAAUUUUUGAAUUGAAUUUGGACGAGUGCGAAUGGAUUGAGAAACAGUCGUUAGGUGAUGUUGCUCUUUUCGUCGGAGAUAACUCUUCAGUGUCAGUUUUGGCUUCCAAUUUUCCUACAUGUCAACCAAAUUGCAUAUACUUCAACCAUGAUCGUUCUCGUGCGGGUUGUGAGUUCCCGCCUCAUGAUUUUGGUGUUUAUAAUGUCGUAAGUCAAAGCUUUCUAGACCCUUACCCCACACAUGUCAAGACCAUGGUGGAGACGACUGAUCGUCUACCAAUUUGGAUUAUGCCAACUAUUCAGUUGUAAUGUGUAGGUUCUUCACAAAGCUGUUUUUACUUGAUCUACCAUAAGUUCUUCACAUGCAUGUUAUAUUUGAUAAAAGUGGUGCAACGAUCGAUUGACGUCCUGGGAAGGUCAUGACUGUAUGAAAUUAUGAAUAUAUAUCAUCGAAUUUUAUACAUAUAGUUGGAUUUGCAGCAA